AUGCACAAUAAACGAGGAAGAAUAUUGAACAGAACCUUCAGCAGAGUCGAACUACGCAACGUGAACAUCAUGAAUCGGCAGGAGGAAGUGAUGGAAAGUUACAGGCGUGAUUUUGACUCGAAAGCCUACAAGGAAGUAUUGGAGACCAUCAAACCUGUAUACAUCUUUGAACAGAAGCACCUUCACGAUAUAUUUGACGUUCUAUCAGUCAGCGGGUGCAAACUCCUGGACGUCGGUUGUGGCCCCACCGUCCACAACGUUUUCUCGGCUGCGAGAAGGAUGAACGAUAUCGUGCUCAGCGACUUCCUGCCUGCGAACAGGCUUGAAGUCGAGAAAUGGAUCCAAAAGGCGCCUGACGCCAUUGACUGGUCCCAUAUCAGCGAAUCGCUAGCCUGUUUGGAAGGACACACGGACAUCAAAAGCGGAGCCAAAGACAUCGAAGAGAGAACGCGGAGAGCCAUCAAAAAGGUUAUCCCCUGCAAUGUCCUGGACCCCCGAGUCCUUCCAGAGGAACACAGGGAAAUGUUCGAUGUCGUCCUUUGCAGCCAUUGCCUUGAGGCCGCAUGCGCUGACGAAAGCUCGUUUCAGAAAGCGAUGCAGAACAUCGGAAAUCUGGUUGUCCGCGGAGGCCACCUGAUUUUGGGUAUCAUUGCUGGAUCUCAUGAAUACGAAGUUGGAGGCAUCACGCUGCCAUCUCUCGCUCUCAGUGAUACGAUGGUGAAAGAUGCUUUGGCGAAAGCGGGAUUUGAAAUCAAGCGCUGGAAUACGUUAGGCAAAAAUGACACACCGGAAGCAGCAAAGAUAUGGCAGUGUUGGGAAUCUUCUUUUGUUAUUUUAACUCGAAACCUUUGAAGUGGUGUCGGGGAUCUCAUCUGCACGUCCGCUAUAGACAGACUGGUUUGAUAACGUACUUAGGCUUGCUGAGCGAAAGGUCUUCCGUUUCUGGCUUUUCUUGAUGCCUUUCCAUUUUGGUUCGUGGCAGUUUGAUAGAUAUAGUAGUCUGUAUACUUACUCAAUAAAAGUUUUGUGUACUACAGUGUGAAGCAAAUGA